CCGUCGUUCCUUCCUUCCUGCUUCGCCUGCACGUUUCGCGAUAUGGGUUAGCGCCUCCGAUCCGCCAGCACCACCUGAGGAUCCCGGAAGCCGUCCCCGCGAUGGAAGAGGACCAGGAGCUGGAGAGGAAAGCAAUUGAAGAACUGCUUAAAGAGGCAAAACGUGGGAAAACGAGAGCAGAAACAAUGGGACCUAUGGGUUGGAUGAAGUGUCCUCUCGCUGGUACAAAUAAAAGAUUUCUAAUUAACACAAUUAAGAACACGCUGCCCUCCCAUAAAGAGCAAGACCCCGAGCAAAAAGAGGGCAGCAAGGAACCCGCGAAAAGCCAGAGCCAGAAAGAGGAGAGCCGGAAGCAGCAGAGAGGCCACCCCUACAAGCACGGCCUCCAGGCCCGGGGCGGGGGCCGCCGCUCCCCGCACAAAAGGCGCAGCAGCCAGGAGAAGUGCGAGAAGCGCCCCACCAAGCGAUGAGGCCGCCGGCCCCCCGCGCUGCUCCCUCGGGGACGGACCUUGAGCUGGAGAGCAGGCCCCUCGGAGUGACUCUGAUAGUCGGGCUCGGCUGUUGUGACAAGGAAAUGAGUCCAAAGGGACUUGCCCUGAAGGUGUCGAGGCAAGUCUCAAGCUCCUAGAGCCGGCCGCCCUCCUCUACACGCGUCCUGUUUUCCUUCUCUCUUGUUUGGAAGUUGGUUUCGAAAUAAAUCUAAAACUUCAAGUUUUCAGAGAUUGUUACGCUAGUUGCGUUGUUUUUUUUUUUUUUUUUUUGAUGUGUUACAAUUGUGGUCAUUUCUCAGAUUUUCUCAAAAAAUAAAACCCUUGUAAAUCCUGUACGUUAUCUUUUUGGAUGAUGAAUUUAAACUUCAGAAGUCAUCCGGCCAGUAACCACAGUCAGGAAAAGAGGUGGCCCUUCAAGGGCUAGAAAUUUACCGUGAAACUCUUUGCUUUGUUUUCCUGAAAGUGAGCGAUGUAGGAAAUUUUCAAAAUGGGUUUGAAUCUAGUGUUCCGUAUCAGUAACCGGAGGUUAAAAAACUGGCCCUGUUGUUUCCUUGUGCAUUCUCAGACUCACUCCUAAGAGCAACUUUUCUGUAUUUAAUUUUUUGGGGAAUAUGUAAGUUUUAAGUGGUGCUUUAAAAAAGAACCCUCAAAAGUUAAAAUUAACGUAAUUACUUUAGUGCUAUGUCUUAUUUAGCUACAGACCUGUAAUACCACUCUUAGUAUAGUUGUUUCAGAAAUCUUAAUUUUAAAUAAACGUGUGUUUUCAACGCC